AUGUCUCAGGACAGUUAUGAAAUAGUCAUGAGAAGCACUGGCAGUGUGGAUGUCGCUGGCGAACACGAAGCUUCCCAACGAGAGAUGCCCGACGCCAAGCGCGACAUGGUGGAACCAGAGCAUCAACAGCUUUGGCUUCCUUCGGCUCUUCCAUCCACUCAGCGAACCCACAACUGCAACAAGAUUUUGGUUGACAUCGAGACCAAAUUGCGGGAAGCGCAAUGCUACGACAUCUUAGAGAAGAUACGCAAUAACCCAAACACGCGAGCCAAGGAGACUCUUGACCGUCUUGAAGACAAAACCAAAGCAUUGGCCGUAAAAUACAGAUCUGCACGGAAGGCCCUGCUGGCGCUUUUGGGUCCCGGAGAUUGGGAGAGGAGUCUGCGUAAAUUAACAAACGGCGACCUCACCACGCCGGAUGGGAUGGAGAUCAGCAUUGACGAUCCGGCCGAUCCAAUCAGACCCAAUGGACGAGAACAUUCAAAGAAACAGCGCACGGCGGACAAAUUGGGUUUGGGACAAGGGAAGAAAGCGGUGUCGUGGAUUUGGACCACUCCUGAUGCAAUUGGCGACGGCACUGAUGCGGUACUACAUGAGGCGGUUCGAAUCGAAUGGGCAAAAGCGAGGGCACGACAUUUAAGGUGGACAGAAGAGGUGCAAUUACUGAAGGAGGAGAUGCGGAGGGUUCGGAAGACAUUGGAGUGGAAGGUGGACUGGUGGAAUCAGCGCCAAGAGGGAUGGCCAGGGCUGGAUGAACCAACCCGUGAAGGGGUGAGGGCAUACGCGAGCCGUCAGGCUCACAUUCAGCGUUCCCUCCACGAGCGCUUCACCCGAUUAUGGGAGAACCCACUGGUGCCAUUAGCUAGCAAAGAGGAGAGCAAUGAAGGCCCCGGAUCAUGUGUUGAUCCACUGCUGGAGGCCCUGGUCGAGGAGGACGAGGAGUAG